AUGAUCGAAAAUCGCAGCUCCCUGGACGCAUUUUUCGAGUAUGUUGCCCAGACCGGCGAGUUUUCGGACUCUACGGCAGAACAGCCAACGGCGGAGCACUGGCUUACUAUCCGGUGUUUAGUUGUUCUUUUAAGACCUUUUGCGGAAGCUACGGAUGGGCUUGGCGGGCAGAAAAGUCUGAAGAAUGACAAAGCUUUUGAUCCAGUUAUUCGAUCUGUCGGUGAUGAGGAGUACAAGUAUCGCGUCGAGACAUGGAUGCAGACAAUUCGGCGGACUUAUGUCAAGCUCUUUUCCGAAAAAUUGAAAGAUAAGCUACCUGAUGAGCUGCUAUGGAUUUCAGCGCUAGACCCACGAUCAGCAGAGUUCAAGUACCUCAGUCGGGACGAAGCUUCCCUUGCCAGAACAAAGCUGAAAAUGGCUGUGUUUCAGAUGGCUAAGGAAAUGAGCGAGGCCAAGGAAUUUCAAAGCAGGCAUGGGCAGAUUUCCAAUCGCUCGACACCUCAGUCAAGCGCCAAAAAAGACAAUUUGGCUUGGCUCAUGGAUGUGUUUUCUGGCGGGACGGAGGAAUGUAAGACGGAAGAGCUUUCCGCUGACGAUGAAAAGCUGCAAGAGAAGUGUGAGUCUGAGCUGACUCUCUAUUUGAGCGAUGCGCAUGGCACUCCUGUUACUACGAGCCCUUUGGAGUGGUGA